CCUCAGCACCGGGUAUAUAUACGGGGGAGUAGGUUGUGUUUUUCACAGUGACACGUAAGAUUUUGACCAUCACAAUGAAACUGCUUCUCAUAACCCUGGUGGUAGCGUACGCCAGCGCGGACGUCUCACACAUACUGGUGGCUAAGAGCAGUGAGGCCAACGCUAAGAUCCUGAAGCAGGAAUUAGAUGUCGGAGUGGAGGGGCAGUAUCUGUGGUCGUAUGAGACCGACAACGGCAUCUCAGCCAGGGAACAGGGCGCGCUGAAGAACGUCCCGGGGGCGGAUGUGCCAGCUCAAGUAGCCCAAGGAGAAGCAAGCUGGACAGCCCCCAACGGGGAGAAGAUACAGUUCCAGUACACCGCGGACGAGAACGGAUACCAGGCCCAGGGUCCGUACAUCCCCACUCCGCCGCCCAUCCCCGUGGAGAUACUCCGGGGGCUGGAGUUCAUCAGGAACAACCCGCCAGCCAAGGAGAACUGAGCCGGCGUCGCAGCGCGACCCAUGCGGCCCACCCACACAGGAGGUCGCUCGUGAUUCAAGUACUCGUUUAUUUACAAGUACAGAGUGAUAUUUAUAUUAAUAAAUU